AUGCUGAUCUCAAAGCACCCAAUUUUCAAAAACACAAACCUUAACCCCCCCAAACCCUCACCAUUAUCAUUACUCCUUUCCCUCCUUAAACAAUGUCCCUCCACAAAAACCCUCCAACAAAUCCACACCCAAAUGAUAAUCCACUCCAUUCACAAACCAAAUCACCUUCUAUCUCAAUCCAUAAACCUCAAAGACUUCAACUAUUCCUCCCUCAUUUUCUCCCACAUUACUCCUCACCCAAACGACUAUGCUUUCAACAUCAUGCUCCGUGCCACCACCACCACAUGGAACAAUUACCCUCUUACUCUUAAUCUUUACCACCAAAUGAAAAACUUAAACCUUACUCCUAAUAACUUCACUUUCCCUUUUGUUUUUCUCGCUUGUGCGAAUCUCGGAGCCAUCCGUGAAGCCCGAUCGGCUCAUUCAUUAGUGAUUAAACUUGGGCUGGAUACGGACCUGCAUACGGCUCACUCGUUGAUCACGGUGUAUUUUAGGUGUGGGGAAUUUGGGUUCGCACGUCAGGUGUUUGAUGAAAUAUCUCACAAGGAUUUGGUGUCGUGGAAUUCGUUGAUUUCUGGGUAUUCGAAGAUGGGUCGUGCGAGGGAAGCUGUUGAGGUGUUUGGACGGUUGAGGGAGGAAUCUGGGUUUGAGCCGGAUGAGAUGAGUUUGGUUAGUGUUCUUGGGGCUUGUGGUGAAUUGGGGGAUUUGGAAUUGGGGAGGUGGGUGGAAGGGUUUGUUGUUGAAUGUGGCAUGAAGGUUAAUUCGUAUAUUGGUUCUGCUUUGAUUAGUAUGUAUGCUAAAUGUGGUGAUUUGGUGUCAGCUAGAAGGAUCUUUGAUGGUAUGCCAAUCAGAGAUGUUAUCACGUGGAAUGCAGUUAUAUCAGGAUAUGCUCAAAAUGGAAUGGCAGAUGAAGCAAUCUCUUUCUUUCAUUGUAUGAAGGAGAGUGGUGUUAAUCUAAAUAAAGUUACCCUGACUGCAGUGCUGUCUGCGUGUGCCGGUAUUGGGGCUCUAGAUUUAGGGAAACACAUCGAUGAAUAUGCAACGCAAAGAGGAUUUCAACAUGAUAUAUUUGUAGCAACUGCAUUGGUCGAUAUGUAUGCUAAGUGUGGAAGUUUGGAGAGUGCACAGAGAGUUUUCAACGACAUGCCCCGAAAAAAUGAUGCUUCUUGGAAUGCAAUGAUUGCUGCUCUUGCUUCUCAUGGUAAAGCCAAGGAAGCUCUAUCACUUUUCCGGCGCAUGUCAGAUGAGGGUGAUGGUGCCCGCCCCAAUGAUAUAACAUUUGUAGCGUUGCUUUCUGCUUGUGUUCAUGCAGGCUUGGUUGAUGAAGGACAUAGGUUGUUUGAUAUGAUGAGUACAUUGUUCGGAUUGGUACCAAAAGUCGAGCACUACUCUUGUAUGGUUGAUCUUUUGGCACGUGCCGGUCAUUUAUACGAAGCUUGGGAUCUCAUUGAGAAAAUGCCAGAAAAACCAGAUAAGAUUACAUUAGGUGCCUUACACGGUGCCUGUCGAAGAAAGAAAAAUGUAGAUAUUGCGGAACAAGUUAUGCAUAUGCUUCUGGAGUUGGAUCCUUCAAAUUCUGGAAACUAUAUCAUCUCGUCAAAAAUAUAUGCAAAUUCAAACAUGUGGGAUGAAUCAGCAAGGAUGAGAGCAUUGAUGAAAGAGAAAGGUGUCACUAAAACACCUGGUUGUAGCUGGAUUGAAAUUGAUAAACAAUUGCGUGAAUUUCGUGCUGGUGACAACUUAUGCCUCGACUCUAUAGACAUAUGUAACAUAAUUGAUUUGCUCUAUGAAGAGCUCAGAAAGGAAGGUUAUGUCCCAAAUAUUGUUGAAUAA